GAUCCUCCUCCUCCUCCUCCUCCCAUUCUCUCCGCUAUUUCAUGAUGGCCGUCUGGGAGCGGGGCUGGCAGCGGCCGCUCUCUAGCUCUUUGGGGUACGUGAAUGACCAGCUCAUCGGACGCUACAGCCAAGAGACCGGGCAGUGCACGCCGCAGUCGCCCUGGCUAGAGCAGAUCAGCCACCACGACACCAACUUCUGGGCCAGGAGCACGGGGUGGGACUUUCCCUCCAGUUUGGUCGUGGAUCUGAUGGCCCUGAAGGAUCUUUACAACCAGAGCAGGGGGAUUCACACCCUGCAGGUGAUUGCCGGCUGCAAGCUGAGCGAGGACAGCCGUACCCCCAGAGGGUUUGUGAGGUACGGCUACAACGGAAGGGACUUCCUCAGCCUGGACUUGGCGACUCUCGCCUGGACGGCGGUGGACGCAGAGGCCAAGCCCAUCAAGAGGAAGUGGGACGCCGAACGGGACCGAGGGAAACUCUGGGAGCACUUCCUGACCGACGUGUGCGCGGAGGGCCUGCAUACACAUCUGCGCUACGGGAAGGAGGAGUUGCUGAGGAUCGACCCGCCGAAGGUGCGCGUGACUCGCAAGGCAGGACCAGAGGGCCGGGAGACCCUCGUCUGCCGACUCCACGGCUUCUAUCCCAAGGAGAUUGAGGUCACCUGGAGGAAGGACGAGGAGUUCUGGCACCAUGACACUUUCCACGGGGGUGUCGUCCCCAACUCGGACGGGACGUACCACACCUGGCUCAGCGUCAACGUCGACCCCAAAGACAGGGGCCGCUACCGAUGCCGCGUGGAACACAAUGGCCUGCCGGAGCCCCUGGAUGUGGCCUGGGAGGAGCCUGCAUCCAAAGUGGGGCUUAUUGUGGGAGCCCUCCUGGGGGUCGUGGCUGCUGUCAUCCUGGCGGGGGCCGGAGUCUUCUUCUACGUCAAAAAGCCGCGAGAAGGCAGCUACACAGCGACGCCAGCGAGUGACCAGGGAUCGGACAGCUCUCUCAGUGCGUGA